AUGUCCACCAACGUGCACAAGAAUGACCAGUCAAUCCCUGCAAUAGCAAGCCGGUUAGAUUCAAAACAUGCAAUCCAUAUAUUCCCGCAGCAAUUGCAGCCAUUUCGUUCUGGAAUACUUGCAUAUGGCGCAUCGCUAGCGUCAACGUUAGUAGGGUACCCCCUAGAUACCAUGAAGGUGAGAAUGCAAACGCACAGCCAUUAUAAAGGUUACAUUGACUGUGCGAGGAGGACGUACUUAGCAGAAGGAGUAAGAGGCUUCUUUAGGGGUGUAUGGGCUCCGCUCAUAUCCACCUCCUUCUCCAAAUCCCUCAAUGUAUCAAUCUACACCUUUUGUAAACCAUACGUUUACACGGCAAUGUUUCAAAAUGACUGGUAUGGAAAUGUGCGACAGGAGCAUCCAUUUUUGAGGAAUCUACCCGUAUGCUUUAUGGCUGGUUGUUUUGCUGGUGGUGGAGUCAGUUUAUUUGCAUGUCCCUUUGAAUUCAUCAAAGUAUAUUCCCAAUUAGAGAAACUAGUUACCGCCAACUCGUCAUUAGGAAGUAUCAAGAUGAAGUUGGGCACUCCAACUACUCUUCAAAUUUGCAACACAAUCAUUACAGCCAAAGGGUUACGAGGACUAUACUCUGGAUUUAAAUUGCACUUUCUUAGGGAUUCCUUAUCUACCGGUGUGUACUUCAGUUUGUACGAGCUGAUAAAACUAUUUACAAAUGAUUUGACCAACAAAAAUGCAUCAACAACAUCGCCAUUUGCAGUUUUACUAUCCGGAGGACUUUCUGGUGUCCUUAGUUGGAUCAUCAUCUUCCCCAUAGAUACUGCUAAAUCGCUCGUGCAAAAGGCUGCUGUUAUUAAUAUAUUCAGAAAGCUGCAUGGUUUAUCACAAGCGCCAGUCGACUCCUAUAGAAAGAAAGAAGGCUGGUUCUACCGUGGAUUGGGGAUUUCCAUAACAAGGUCAUUUUUAACCAAUAUGGUGUUUUUCGGAGUGUUUGAAUUCGGCAUGACCUAUAUAGCUUAG